AUGCGUCGGAGGCCGCCUCGAACCCGGAUCCCGUGGCAGCCUCGGCGAGCGACGGGAAGGAGCAGCGGGGUGGGAAUGCAACGGCCCCGACGGAUGCCGACGCGUCCGGCGAGAAGAAGAGCGGGGAGGGGCGGGAGCAGCCGACGUCGUCGGCGCCGCCGCCGGUGUUGGUGCGGUAUUUCGGUACGGUGCGGACCUACGACUCGGAGGAGCGUCGUGGCUACAUCCGCUGCGAUGAGCCCGGCGAGCUCGCCGUCUUCUUCCACGCGGAGACGGUCCUGUGGGACUUCGGCCUGCCGCCGCCUCAGCGACGGCUGA